UCUCAAGUAAUUCAAGACUCCUCUGAAUGUUGUUCACCCAUGGAUGUUUCUCCUUACCAAGAAACUACUGAAGCUGAUCUAUCAUCAAAGGGAACGUUUCAGGCAUCGGAAGAAGGAUGUCCGAAGCUGAACAGAAAUACAGUGAGCCAAAGGAAGAGAAUUUUGGGUAUGAUCAUGAAAGAAUUUUUGUUGAUGGUCCUUCAAGAGAGUCUGUUUGUGAAGCAGAAACUGCAUCCACUACUUUCAACUCUGAUCGGUUAUGCAAUAACAGAUGCACUAGUGUUGAUGGGGUAAGAGACCUCAAUGGGGCCCAGGAAAGUAAGCACACAGCAAACUCUUGUUCUGGUUCAGGUGUGGAAGAUGAGAGAAGUUUUACCUUUUCCGUGACAUCAGCUUCUGGGCAAGGUAGCUCAUCAUUCAGAAAGCAUAUACUUCGAAAGAAAAAUAAGGUGAAAACUGGGAAUGCUUCGUUUAUUAUAACUCCAAGCUCAAAUGUUAAAGAAGGGUAUUCCUCUGUCCAGUUUUCACAUUGUGAUCCAGUACAGUCUGAACAAAAAGAUAAACCUACAUAUCAUAGCAAAGAGGAGAAUAAAAAUUUCAAUCAAGGGUCUAACUCAAAUACUGUUUCUGUCGAUGAAGCCUGCGAAAUGUGGCGACUGAGAGGAAAUCAGGCUUAUAGAAAUGAUAAUCUGUCUAAAGCUGAGGAAUUCUACACACGGGGGAUCAAUUCUGUCCCCUCAAAUGAAACUUUGCGGUGCUCCAUCAAACCUCUUGUGCUUUGCUAUAGCAACCGUGCAGCCACUCGGAUAUCUCUCGGAAGGAUGAGGGAAGCUUUGGCAGACUGUCUGAUGGCUUCUGCUCUUGAUCCCAAUUUUCUCGAAGUUUAUGCCAGAGGUGCCAAGUAAGACUCUCAAGUUUGG